AAUACAUAUUGCGUACAGAAAUCCACUUCCUUAUUUAUAAAUGUUGAGCGAAACAAGCGCACCAUUUUGUUCCUGGAGAAUGUAGGGUUUACGGAAACUGGUCCUAGGCGUGGCUUCGGAACUUCCGUCUUUUGCAGCGUAAAAAUGACUGCGACUCUGCGUCCCUACUUAAACGCUGUGAGGGCCACCCUGCAGGCGGCCAUGUGUCUGGAGAACUUCUCCUCUCAGGUGGUGGAGCGUCACAACAAGCCCGAAGUGGAAGUCAGGAGCAGUAAAGAGCUGCUUCUUCAGCCUGUUGUAAUCAGCCGCAAUGAGAAGGAGAAGGUUCUCAUCGAGGGAUCCAUCAACUCUGUCAGGGUCAGCAUUGCCGUCAAGCAGGCUGAUGAGAUCGAAAAGAUCCUUUGCCACAAGUUCAUGCGAUUCAUGAUGAUGAGGGCAGAGAACUUCUUCAUUCUGAGGAGGAAGGCAGUUGAGGGCUAUGAUAUAAGCUUCUUGGUCACCAACUUCCACACGGAGCAAAUGUACAAACACAAGCUGGUGGACUUUGUCAUCCAUUUCAUGGAGGAAAUCGACAAGGAGAUCAGCGAGAUGAAGCUGUCCGUUAAUGCCAGAGCCCGUAUCGUCGCAGAGGAGUUCCUCAAGAAUUUCUGAUGUCCGCCGCUUCCCACCGUCUUAACGGCCAGCCGUGAGCCAAUUCUGGGUGUGCACAAUCAGUGAGCCGGUGAAAGAGGACCUUGACCCCCGCUGUCUUCGUCUCGUCAUCUCUGUACUCAUUGAUAUUAGUGACUGUACAUAAGGAAAUACUUAGCAGUAUCAAUUUUCUACCACUUAGAACAAAUGGCCAAAUAAACAAGCAAAGGCGGGUCCUUCAAGUAUUAAACACGCUGGUGUCCUCGAGUACAGAGACGAUGGGUGUGUUCAAAUGCAAUUAAGUAGUUAGGUCUUCCGUGUACGUCGGUCCGUCUGCUCUCGUUUUCGGUUUUGUUUUCACUUACACAUGCGGAAAAGUACGAAAUAGUCAGCAAAAUGUUGUAUAAAAUGAAUAAAGCGCCAGUAUUUCUACA